AUGAGCGGCUUUUUAUCCUCAGUAUAUAGCGUCUUCACGUCCGAAAGGGCACAUAUCGUGGAUGACAAGGCCGAAGCUUUAAGAGAGCCAUUUAAGCAAUGGCCGAAUGAUGCAGGGUUCAAUGCUAGCGUUGAGCAGCGAGAACCCACCGAGCUGGCUGUCAAAGGUUGGCUCCCACCAAGUGUUGCGGGAACUUUGUACAGGACCGGCCCAGGCCAUUACAAGGUUGAAGAUACAGUAAAUGGGACAUACAAGGCAAGCCACUGGUUCGAUGGCUUUACGCAGAUUCAUCGGUUCCAACUUAUUCCAGAUCUAAAGGGUUCCUGUACCGUUCUUUACAACUCACGGCGGCAAAUCGAUCCGCUUCUAGAGCACGUUCGGAAAACAGGAAGGCUUAAUUGUGUCUCUUUUGCCCAGAAGAGAGAUCCAUGUACGAGUCUAUUUCAGAAGAUAAAGUGUACUUUUGAGCCCCGUCGAAAUACGGAUCCAUAUCUGGCAAAUAUUGGAGUCACAGUGUCGACGAACCCUGCGGGCCUACGACCACAACCACGGGCUACACCGCAGAGCCUCGACCCCGACGGACCUCGCACUCUAGUUGUAAGAACCGAUGCCAACUACUUCAAGGAAAUAGACUUGGCUACGCUAGAACCUAUUGGGGUUGCGCAACAGCAACAGCUCCAUCCAGAUUUGAAAGGUCCCCUGUCCUGUGCACAUGCUCAGUAUGACCACGAGACUGGGGAUCUGUACAACUAUAACCUGGACUUUGGGUCGGUUAGCACAUACCGCAUCUUCAAGUCAUCCUUCACAACCGGGAAGACUGAGAUUCUGGCCACCAUUUCAGAGAAGGAAGUUCCACCUGCCUAUAUUCACUCUUUCUUCUUGACCGAAGAUUUCGUGAUCCUUGCUGUGUGGUCGUCGCACUUUGUGAGCUAUGGCAUCAAAAUUUUAUGGGAUAGAAAUAUCCUUGACUCAAUAGGUCAAUUUGACCCGGAAUCAAAAGUGAAGUGGCUCGUCGUCGAUCGGAGACAUGGCAAAGGUCUAGUCGCGACUUUUGAGAGUCCGGCUAUGUUCAGCUUCCACACUGUGAACGCAUGGCAAGAACAGCGUUCGGAGACGAGCAAUUCAGUGGAUAUCUACUGCGACCUCGUUCAGUAUCCAACGCUUGAUAUCCUUCACCGAUUUUACUACGAGAAUCUUGUUUCAACCGGGCCUGGUGUCUCGAAAUACGCAGAGGAAGCAGAACGGAGCAAAACUAGCCAGAGCCUCGUAAGAUACCGUCUGGCAAAUGUCCCACUCGGUCCGGCCAAAGAGCAACAGCCUACACAAGCACAGAAUGCAGAGAUCGUUCUCCAAGUUCCCAGCCCAUCGGUUGGCGAGUUGCCUACAAUCAACCCUUCCUAUUCCACAAGAAGGUCGCGCUUCGUCUACUCUGUGGUUGACCAAGGCUAUUCAUCUUUCUUCGACGGAAUAGCCAAGCUAGAUACAGAGACUUUAGAAGUGACGUAUUGGAGGCAGCUAAGACACACCCCCGGCGAGCCAAUCUUUGUGCCGGAUAACACGAGGGAAGGGGAGGAUGCGGGAUUCCUCCUCAGCGUUAUUUUAGAUGGGGACAAGGGAACGAGCUAUCUGCUCUGUUUGGAUGCAAAGACAAUGGAGGAAACUGGGCGUGCAGAGUGCGAUAACCCUGUGGGGUUCGGUUUUCAUGGCCACCAUGUGCCACACUGA